AUGCUCCACAAUCAUCCAUGUAGUAGUUCAUGGAUGGUAUGUGAUCCAUUGACAAGGAGAUUAUCGUCAGAAGAAAAAGAGAACUUGAAGCCCGUAAUACUUCACUGUGAGUCAGCAGAUGAAGUUAUCGAAGAUCAAGUGAUAGCCGCAAGAUCUUAUAAAUAUAAUGCUCCACAGCGUCUUACACCCCUGCUAAACAUUUUGACCCCAUUCGCUAG